GGCGUCGAGGUGGCACAAAGCACUACCACUUAUACGGAUCACAACCUACAGGUCAACACCCACGAAGAAUACGAGAUCGGCUACAAGAAAGACACCAAGAGCGACUACUUCAAGGGACGAAUUGGCUUCCUCAGAAUCCUCAACGAGGUUUUUAACCUUGCCGCCCCUGCACAUGAGCUCUAUCACACUGAAUUCUCAGGACCUACAGAUCACAUUGAAUCAAUCAGCGAAGGUGCCUCCUUCGUCUUCGACAGUGAGUUAAACAAACUCGUCCUGGAGCUUAAUGGUACUGGGUAUGCUCAUGUCCCCGCGGUCAAGUUCCAGAAGCAGGACUUUACCAUCGAAAUGUGGUUCAAAUCAAUUGCAAACGGCAAGAGGCAAGUCCUUUUCGGCGAUUGGUCCAAACCAUGGCAAUUCAUUAUUGCGGUAAAGGCCGACGGGAAGAUACAGGUGGAUCUCAGACGAAACAUCGACAGUGCAGGAAGCGAUCCGAAGCAGAAUCUGAUUGAAGCCAGUGGUGGUUCUGUGACCCGUGGCGUUUGGCAACACCUUGUGGUCACUUAUUGGCACGUGUCUGGUACGUGUGUUAUUUACCUAAAUGACCAAGUGGUGAGCUCCCUCAGUACCACAUAUCCUGAUCACGACCUACAGGUGAAUGACCAUCCAACCUACGAAGUCGGCUACAAGAAGGACACCAAUAACGACUUCUUUAAGGGGCGCAUUGCACUCCUGAGUGUUGAUGGCAACGCGUACAACUUACUUGGCCGUUCAGCUUUUCCAUCUUGUCACCACUAAGAUGUCUGCAUUACUGAGAUUCAUGCAAAUGGCCCUUCCUCGGUUUCUUCUCAAUGAAUCGCUUGAUUGAUGAUUAUUCUCCAGUAUCUACUGUAUACAUCAAUAAAAUUCCUUAAAGUAUA